GGCAGGGGGCGUGGACAGACCUGACUGUGGGCGUGGUCUCGGGCAGGGGGCGUGGCCGCCGCACACGAGCCCGGAGGGGCCGGGGCUGCCGCAGCGCCCGCUCCGCUCCCGCCGCUCCCGCCGCGCCGCCCGGGAGUCCCUGACCCACCAUGACGUUCAAGCAAGCAUCCAUGAUGGCCCCAGAGGCCGUGGCCACCACGAUGCCCAUGGCCACAAUGGAAAACUCCACUGAGGCUGCAGGGCCAGGUGAGAGCAAGGAGGACAUGUUCACCAAGCUGCGAGACAAGUUCAUGAAUGAGCUCAACAAGAUCCCCUUGCCACCUUGGGCCCUCAUCGCCAUCGCGGUGGUAGCUGGACUUCUCAUCCUCACCUGCUGCUUCUGCAUCUGCAAGAAGUGCUGCUGCAAGAAGAAGAAGAACAAGAAGGAGAAGGGCAAAGGCAUGAAGAAUGCUAUGAACAUGAAAGACAUGAAGUCGGGCAACCAGGACGAUGAUGACGCGGAGACAGGUCUGACAGAGGGGGAAGGUGAAGAGGAGGAGAAGGAGCCGGAGAACCUGGGCAAGCUGCAGUUCUCACUGGACUACGAUUUCCAGGCAAACCAGCUGACUGUGGGGAUCCUUCAAGCUGCUGAACUGCCAGCUUUGGACAUGGGUGGCACCUCAGACCCGUAUGUCAAGGUGUUCCUACUCCCUGACAAGAAGAAAAAGUAUGAGACCAAAGUACAGAAGAAGACACUCAACCCUGCCUUCAAUGAGACCUUCACCUUCAAGGUGCCCUACCAGGAACUGGGUGGGAAGACGCUAGUGAUGGCCAUCUAUGACUUUGACCGCUUCUCCAAGCAUGACAUCAUUGGUGAGGUGAAGGUGCCCAUGAACACGGUGGACCUGGGCCAGCCCAUCGAGGAGUGGCGGGACCUGCAGAGUGGUGAGAAGGAGGAGCCAGAGAAGCUGGGAGAUAUCUGCAUCUCUCUCCGGUACGUGCCCACGGCUGGGAAGCUCACUGUCUGCAUCCUGGAGGCCAAGAACCUAAAGAAGAUGGAUGUUGGGGGUCUCUCAGAUCCCUACGUGAAGAUCCACCUGCUGCAGAAUGGCAAGAGGUUGAAGAAGAAGAAGACCACAGUUAAAAAGAAGACCCUGAACCCCUACUUCAAUGAGUCCUUCAGCUUUGAGAUCCCCUUUGAGCAGAUACAGAAAGUGCAGGUGGUCAUCACGGUGCUGGACUACGACAAGCUGGGGAAGAACGAAGCCAUCGGCAAGAUCUUCACGGGCUUCAACUCCACCGGCACGGAGCUGCGGCACUGGUCUGACAUGCUGGCCAACCCCCGGCGGCCCAUUGCCCAGUGGCACUCGCUGAAGCCGGAGGAAGAAGUAGACGCAGCUCUUGGGAAAAACAAAUAGGGAGAUGUGCCGGGCAGCGUGGCGCGGCACUGCGGACAGGAGAGCGACCCAGAGCUACCGAUACCUCAGUUACGCAACCUUUGGUUUUGGUUUUUCGUUCUGUUUUGAGCUGAAAUACGCUUCGAUGGCUGUGGAAGGUUUCCCAGACAGUGCCAAUAGCUUCCAGGGGAAGAGGUUAAAGACACGGAUGGUUCUUUUUGUUUUUUCAGCAUCGCUCCCUUCUGCUGCAUGUCCCAUCGCCUCCACUCGCCAUCCCUUUCCUUCCAGGUGCAAAGCCAUCGUCACGCCUGGGCCUUCCCUGGCGGCAGCGUCACCAGCCUGCAGCAUCGCUGCCGCCGGCCUUCCCUUGGGUUCCCGUGGCGAACUGCUGACCUUGUGUGGAGGUGGUACUGGAGCCUGAUGGUGUGACGACCAGACCCACUGUGCUUGUUUGGGGCGUGAACAGUUGUGAUGACAUCGAAACAGUUGAGAAGACCUUCCAACUUCUGUCCUGCUCUGCCUCCCUCUGUGCUGGAAAGGCGAGAGCUGUGGUUCCAAACCUACAAUGGCCAAGAGCUCCUGGCCAGCUCUAGGUUUGGCUUCUUCUGGAGAGAGGCUUGCAGGAGGUGUGGGGCCCCGCCGUGGCCGGCGUGGUGGUGGGGUGCCAAGCCCUUGAUGUUGCACUCGGAGCUGUGGGGCCUGUCUGAGCAGAGGAAGCCCUGAGGAGACACGUGGUGGGAUGUGCACACAACGGCAGCGCAGUGCAGGUCACCAACACCUCUGCCGGCUGUAGUGUCCCCAGAGGCCAGUGAGGUGAGCACUGCAUGAAUUUCGUGUGUCCCAUCACGCUUGGCUGAAAUGUGUAGAUCAAGGUGCUUCCACAAGGUUGGUUUGUGCUGAGCGGUUUCCAGACGGAGUGGGCAGCCCUGCGGAGCGGUGCCAGGUGCCUCCCCAAAGGCCAUCGCAUGUCCCCAGGCUCAGCCCUGCUGUGGGCACCCCAGUGCAGCCCCAGGACAGCUGAGGGCUACGAGGAGCUCCUGCUCCCUCCCUGCAUCCCACCAUCGUGAUGCAAGUGGGAGAGCAAGAGCGAGCCCAUGGCCAGCAGGAUCCGGAGCCCCGGACCCCCGUGAGCUGCUGCUCCCCACCGGGCCGUUGGCUGCCAAACCCACCCCUCCUGCUCCCCUCGGGGGUAAAAGCCAUAUCUAUGUCCCUGACAGGGGGCGAGAGUUCCUCCAGGCCACCUCUCCUACCAUGGGAUGAGCCAGGACCAAGUCCCUGAGCUGGAAAGCCAACGUCAGGAGAGGGGCUGGCAGCUCUGCCCAGUUCAGCCCAGUCUGUACUGGACCACUGGUGUGAGCUGGUGUUCCCGUCCUGGCUCUGACUCCUCAGCAGCCUCGUGUUCCCGCUCCGCUUGCUUCCCUGGGCUCUGUGCUUUGGGGUUUGGGCACAGUUAAGCAGCAAAGGGUGCUGCACUCAGCCGGGGGGGCUGCGGUGGAGAAGCAGAGCUCUGGGAAUGCUCUGGGCAGAGAGGAUGCUGCUCUGGGUGUGCAGCGCCCAGGCUGGACCUCAGUGCAGGGGGACCUGAGCCUGAGGACAAAGUGCCAAACCCCGACACCAUCAGAUGCUUUGGCAGAGCCCUUGAGGUCCCCAGUUCCUGACCUCCUGCUGGGGGCGAGGAGACGAUGGGAAACAAGUAGGGGUUCAGGAUGGACACCGGGAUGAGACCCAUCGCCUGGAGGGAUGAGCAGUGCCCGGGGAGGGACAUCUGCAGCCUUGGGGAGGUCUGGGGCUUGGCCACCCAAGCUGCGGUACGGUGGUAGGAAGGUUGGAAUGGAGCCUUGCAAAGAUCACAGCACCACCUCAGCUGUGCCGUGGGGCGAGCCCGGCCGCUCGACUAUGGGCUGAAGGUGGCUCCAGGGCCACGCUGAGCUACAGGGGCUUCGGAGGUCAUCAAAUGAGUGGCCCCGCAGGGCAAUCUCCAGCUUUAAUUAGUCCUUUUUCCUAAUGGAUGUGUCAGUGUCAGCAAACGAGGUCCUGUCUUGAUCUUGUAGCUGAAAGGAGAAGAAAUCUCGGGGUGCUUUUAACAAUUAUUGUGGAGCUGAGGGCGGCUGCUGCCCCUCGGUCAGGGCAGGAUUCGGUCUCUGGAGUCAGGGUCCCUUCUGAAUCCAUCCAGGCACAAGGUGGGGGGGGGGCAUUUGCUUUAUGUGGAAAUAGGUUAAAAAAGAAGGAAUUGGGAAGAGCACUAAAAUCCUCCUCUUGGCAAUCAGCGGGUGAGCACAGCCCGGCAGCUUUCCUUGGGAAGCAGGUGGAGGUUCGCCCGCCCGUACACCCAAACAGCCCCCACUGCGCCCCAGCCCCGCGGCAUCGCCGGGGGUCUCACAGGAGCAGAGAUCCCACCCGGCUGUUUCCAUUUGGACUCUAAGCCUUGGAGAAGCGGGGGAGGGGAGCUGUGACUUUAAUACAUAAUUUAUCUUUUUUUUUUUUUUAAAUAAAAAAGGGAAAAAUAAACAUCAUCUUAAAGCCAUCUGCGCUGCCUCUGACCCCCCCUUAGUUGUGUGUAGUUACAAAUAUAUGGAGCCAUAGCUGUAAAUACCACGAGCCGUGCAUGCGAUGCAGCCUCGUAGCAGUAGCAGCAUGGGGAACGCCGAGCGCGGCGCCGCACGCUCUGUCCCACCGCUCGCCGCCAGCACCUCUGUCCCGGCCACGUUUCUCCAGCGAGGCAGAGACGGCGACGAACAAAACCCAUUGCCCGAGUGCUCUCCACCGCCCCGAUUAAUUUUUCCCCAAAUAAAAACAUAAUCAAACGAUGUAAAAGAAGAACCCAAUGCCAAGAAGCAAAGCAUGCCGAGCCAGUCCCACCAGCGGAGGGUGAGCCGUCACCGACACAGCCGUGACUUCCAUGUGUGUCUUGUUCCUGUAUCUCGUUGGAUUUAUCCCAUGGCCGGGUAACGGCAACAUCGUGGCUUUGGUGUCGUGUGUCGCGUUGGUGCAUUUCACCGUCGGAGCAACUUUAGAAGCCAUAUCAGCCCACGGCGUGCCGGGAGCCCACAGGGACAGCCCACGGGUGAGCCGUGACCCCCUUCCCCCAUGUGUCUGCCGUCCCCUGGUCUCGUGGGGCUCAGUGGCAGAGCCGAACUGACAGGAUGAGCCGCAUCAGCCGCCGCCUCAGUGGCCACAGAUGCCACCGUCUGCGGGGCGAGGGGACGGGGCAGCGCUGGGCACGGAUGCCAGGGCCGACCUGCCGGUGGCAUUUCUGCAUUGGAAGGACUGGGGCGCAGCAAAGAUCCAGUGGCUAAAAGGCUUCGUGGAGUAGUUUGGGUUGUUUCUGGUCGGGGGGGGGUUCCGUUUCGGGGCCGGGAGUGCCCUCUCCCAGCUGCACCGUGGUGCCCACCCCGCCAUGCCAUCGAGAUGCUCGGCUUUGGUCUCCUGGGGUUAAAAGGAAGCGAAGCUGUGAGGCUUGGCCACAAGUUCAGCUUUCUUUUCCUUCUUCCCCCAAACCUGGGAGGGAGGAGCAGCUUCUUUGGGAGUCAAAGGCUCGGGUGGUUCCUGGAUCCAAGAACCCCCGUGCCAGCCCCGCUCUGCCCUGUUCCGGCCCCACAGUGCUCGGCUCCGGUGGGAAGCUGCUUUUAAAGCCCCUUCCUCUCGUGUGGACUCUGUUGUUUCCGUCUCUUCUUGUUCAACGGUUAUUUUGUAAUGAUAACUGUCUCCUU